CUCAAGUAGUAAAACGACACAGUAUUACUAAAAUACUCCAGCUGAUAUGAAAACGUUUCUUCCUUCUGGACGUUUCGUUCUUCAUCGAACUUCUUCUUCUUCCUUCAUUCCUUGGGCAGUCUGGAUUGCAACUCUGUCAGCGAGGGAGGUCGGAAUCGCACAUCGCUACCUCGCCACCAGAUCGGCUUUAGAUUUCAUCGUCAAUUGUCUCCUGUCAAUGGGUUCUGUUUCCCUCUUUGGGUCUUUCUCAUAAUCGACUCCGUCGUCAACCGCUAGAAAGAUUCGCAAGUCGAAUAUGAGUUUGGCCAACUCGGAUAGAGGGUUCAAUUGAAGUCGUAGACCAAUAUGGGUUUCACCACAGACUCAACAGAAGAAUCUAAUCUCGUUGGGGAGAGCGACGGUGAGGGUGAUGCCGGAGACGACGAGGACGGUCAGGAUGUCGGAGUUGGUGAGAGCUUGACCAUGGUGAUCCCUUGGGAAUUUGAGGAGCUCGACGACUUUGGCAUGGACGGAAGUUUGUUUGCGAUGUGGGGUUUGAAUUGGAUAAUUUGCUUGGCAUUAAGGUUGGAGAGGGAUUGGCGACUGGUGAAACUGUGAAAGUUUGGGAUCUAGGGGAGAAUCACAAUUUUUCCAUACUUAUUUUUAGUUUUAUUCUUUUAUAGUUAAGAAAAUGAAGUGAAAAUUAUAAAAGUUAAUUUUUAUUUUUAUUUUUUAAUUGCCACAUCACCUUAUAUAACGGUCAACUAUCAAAGUUGACUGUCACGUCAGCUAAACUUAACGGAGACUAACGGAGAGUGACCAAAUUUGAACUGAAAAACUAAUUUUAGUGACCACGAAUUGAAUAAAAUACUUUUAAUGAC